UAGGAAUCACCAGGCAUAGGAUUUCAAUCGGCAUUAGAUGAAUUCAGGUGCAAAAGAGCGAAAGAUGAGGGGAAGACUCCUGCUCUCGGCGUGGCUGUCGCUCCUCGCAGGGCAAGGGGCCGGGGGGCUCGAGCUGUGUCCGCCGUCGGACGGGAUCGCACCGUGCGCCUGCGUCGUCCAUUCCACUCAGGUCGUCGAUGUAGACUGCAUGGAUGCGGAGACGGUGGAGGAUGUCUACCGGGCCUUCAAUGGUGUGACAUGGGAGUUCAAGAACAUGACGCGCUUUUUACUACAUGAUUUGGAAAUCGAAGAUUUUCCAGAGGAUGUGCUUGGGGACGUUUCCUUCCAAGAUAUGCAGUUGCUAGACAAUGUAUACCUCCGGAGCAUCCAUCCCUCUGCACUUCUCCCAUCGAGGGAUCGACUUGAAACUCUCACCCUGCAGGGGUGUCAUCAGCUCAGUUCUUUCCCGUUUGAGAUCCUUCCAGAAAUGGAGGUGCUGAAAAAUUUGCUGAUAACUUGCAAUAACUUCAAAAACGUCCCGGCCCUUCGCAGCGACAGCCUGAAAACUCUGAAUCUCUGGGACGGUCAAAUAAUUUCCUUGGAAGGGGGAGCCUGGUCCAUGCAAAGUCUGACAACCUUCGUAAUCGGACCUAGUGAACUGGAAGUGUCCUUCGUUGACUGCGAUUGCACCAUCUAUUCCACUCAGACCAUAGACAUAAAUUGCAUGGAUGCAGAAACAUUGGAGGAUAUCUAUCGUCCCUUUGACGAAGUCACCUUAAAUUUGAAGGAAAUGUGGAAAGCUCAAAAAAAGCCAUCCGCACAGAAGUCAAUCGAUUGGAUUGUGGCGUAA